GAAGAACAAAGUGAGCAUCUCCCCAAGCUGCUGCAUCUUGGCUCAGCCAGAGGGGCUGGAGACGCUGAAUCAAGUGCUGAGCCAUGGACCUCGGAAAAGCCAAGCUGCUCCUGUGGGCCAGGAUGCUCAUGCUGUGGGGCAUGUUUAACCUUCCUCUCCCUGUAGCGUCUGGAGAGAUUCCAGGGUCUUCCCCUCCAAGCCUUCUUGGAAGAGAAUUCAUCACGGCCUUCAUGCAGAACGACUUACAGCCCACGCUCAGCAGCGACUUCCGGCUGCUCAUCACAGCCUAUGACCCAGCCACGUUGAUCACCAUCUCCAUGAAGAAGCCAGCACUCAGGGUGUCUGUCCAGGCGAGUGCUGGCCAGACUGUAACGGUGAAGAUCCCACCCAAUGCUGAGAUGACAGGGUCCACAGUCUUCGACAACACGGUUGUUGUCCGGGCUGAUAGUGACAUCUCUGUCCUUUUGUUCAAUUCCAAAUCCAACUCAGCUGACACCACCCCAGUCUACCCGGUGCACAGCCUGGGAACAGAGUAUUACGUCAUCACGCCGACAGUGGGCACUGAUCGCUAUAGAGAGUUUGCCAUUGUGGCCUGGGAGGGCCCCACCACAGUUGAGGUCUACCUGAAAGGGGCUGUCAUUUUCCAAGGAAAGACACACGCUAGAGGGAGCAAACUCACCAUCAAGCUGGAGGCGCAUCAGGCUGCCCAGCUGCAGAGCCCAGUGGAUGUAUCUGGCACCAGAAUUGUUUCCCAGAAGCCUGUGGCUGUCUACGUUGGACACACCUGUGUGACAAGAGCCACCCAGUGCGACCAUGUGUCUGAGCAGCUCCUGCCUGUCUCCAGCUGGGGGACCAGCUUCAUUGUGCCCUCAUUGUCCUCUGAGAGGCAGCAUGAUUUCCUCUACGUCGCCACCUCCCAAACAACUCAGGUGGAAGUUCAAUCUGGGAGGAGCAAGAUCAGCAGAGCGCUGACAGCUGAGCAGGUUAUGUUGUAUGGAAUCCCUGGCUCCACUGCCUUGUUCUUCUCUGCUAAUGCCAGGGUCCAACUCAUGUUCUUCUCCAAUGGCGGGACCAAAGGAAACAUCAGAUACGAUCCAUUCUUCAUGGCCAUCCCGGCCAUCUCAAGCUACUGCCAGUCCUAUCACAUCUACGGGUUCGAUGACUUUGAGAACUACGCACUGAUCAUUGCCAAGACAUCCGAGUCUGCAGGGGUAACCAUUGAUAAGAGACCACUGCACAACGUCCUGUGGAAGCCAGUUCUAGGCACAGAAUACUCCUGGGCAGAAUACAGCCUGGGCAAAGGGUUCCAGGCCCAUAGCAUGGAGCAUGGCAGCUCCCCCUUUGGCCUGCUGAGCGUCGGGAUUGGAAACCAAAAGGCGUUUGGCUCCCCAGCCAUUUGUGCCAGCAAUCCCUGCAGAGCGCUGAGCUGCCGGGAGAAGGAAUCAUGCAGGAUUAAGGAUGGCCAGGCAGUAUGUUUCCAUGACUACAUGGGAACCUGCAAGGGGUCCCUGGCCUCCCAGUACUACUCCUUUGAUGGCCUGACCGUGGGCGUCCAAGACACCUGCACCUACACCAUCGCCAAGUACUGUGGCCAUGACCCCACCCUGGAGCCCUUCAGCAUCGAGGAGAACAGCACCUCCAUAGAGAAACAGGCCAGUCCCAGCCUUGGCGUGACCACCAUCCAUGCCUAUGGCUACAACAUUUCCAUCUACAAGGGUGAGAAUGGAGAAGUCAGGUUAAAUGACAAGAGCGUCAGCCUGCCAGUCACCUUGGAGGCAGGGAAAAUCAAGCUCUCCCACAGGGAGGGACGUCCCGUCCUGCAAACGGCCUUCGGGCUCCAGGUGUGGUUCGACAGCAACUGGGCUGUGAUUGUGACGCUCUCCAGCAGCUAUUUUGGGAGCAUGUGUGGGCUGUGUGGGAACUUCAACGGUGACUCUGAGGACGAAGCGAUGCUCUCCAACGGCACCAGAGCCUCUUCCUUCCAGGCCUGGGUUGGAAGCUGGAGAGUGGAGGACUCCUGCUGGGAUUCCUGCGGUGGGGAAUGCCCGGCGUGUGAGAAGAGCAAAAGGCAGCUCUACGGGAGCGAGGGGUACUGUGGGGGGAUCAGCAAAGUGCCAGGAGGCCCCUUCAGAGAGUGCCACCCCCGAGUGAGCCCAGACAAGUUCUUCUACAGCUGCCUCAACAACAUGUGUGUCAACGAGGGAGACAAGGGCACCCUGUGCCAAGCGCUGGGGGCCUACGCCCACGCCUGCCGGGAGCACGCGGUGACCCUCUAUGACUGGAGGACGCCCUCUGGCUGCGCCCUGCCCUGCCCUGAGAACAGCCACUACGAGGCCUGCGGUGAUGCCUGCCCAGCCAGCUGCUCCCACAGAACUGCCCCCUCCUCCUGCCCAGAGCCCUGCGUGGAGACCUGCCAGUGUAACGCCGGUUACGUCCUCAGCGCCGGGCAGUGCGUCCCCGUGGGGAGCUGUGGCUGCGACUACAACGGCCGCUACUACCAACCCUGCCGCUCUCGGUGCAGGUGUGAUCCCAGCCUGGGCAUGGUGCUUUGCCAGGAGACCAGCUGCAAGGCCAGUGAGAAAUGUGCCAUGGUGAAUGGUGCCUACCGCUGCAAGGCAACCACAUACUCCACCUGCAUAGGUACUGGAGACCCCCACUACACCACCUUCGAUGGGAAGAAGUAUGAUUUCCAAGGCACCUGCAUCUACCAGUUCGCGGCUCUCUGCUCCCAGGACCCCACGCUCACCCCGUUCAACGUCAAGGUGGAGAAUAACAAUCGGGGCAACAAGGCCGUGUCCUUCACCAAAACUGUGACCUUAGAGGUUUACAACAUGACCAUCAGCCUGAGCCAGGAGCAUCCUCGCAAGAUCCAGGUGGAUGGUGUCUUUGUGGACCUGCCCUUCUCCCACCAGAACAAAUUCAAGGCCUACAUCAGUGGCGUCCAUGGUUUCAUCAAGACUGACUUUGACCUGAGAGUGAGCUUCGACUGGUACAGCUACGCCAGGGUCAUCAUACCCAGCAGCUACGCCGGCGCCGUCUGCGGGCUCUGCGGCAAUGCCAAUCAGGACCCCAGUGACGAUCUGACCAUGAAGGAUGGAACUCGGACAGCUGAUGAGGUUCAGUUCGCCGACAGCUGGAAGGUGGGGGAGGUCCCAGGCUGCUCGGCUAGCUGCACCGGGGACUGCUCAGUCUGCAGCGAGGCUCAGAGACAAACCUACAGGGGAGAGCAGUACUGCGGGGUCCUUGCCAGAGGGGAUGGGCCGUUCAGUCAGUGCCAUGGGGCUGUCGACCCCGCCCCCUACUUCGACGACUGCGUCUUUGACACCUGCCAGUACAAGGGUCACCGUGACACUCUGUGCAGCGCGAUCAGCGCCUACGUGACGGCCUGCCAGGCCCAGGGCAUCCCGACAGGGCAGUGGAGAUCAGCCUCCUUCUGCAGUAAGUGUCGCUUCCUGAACAUGUUGCUGUAAGUAGAACUCUGUGCAGAUCCAAAAAUUAGCCACAGAAAUCCACAGCCACAUCCAUGGCUAUGGCUACCCACAGAUAUAAAGCAAAUAACUGUUGGUUUGCAGGGCUCUAACACUCACAAACCGUCCAGCAAGGCCAUGUAUCAGCACUGUCUCCUGAAUGCUGUCAGAACUACUCACCCAAGUGUCAUAGGCAGAAAAACAGGAGGCCUGGGGACAUUUAGCCUAAAUAUAUUCACGUUUGUUUGCAUUUUGCA